GGACAUGUAGGACAUGAUUCGCAGGAAAUCAUUGGAUAUGAUAUCGCAUAGAUCGUUGUUUGCCCUUGCAGGACACUACAAAGGGCAACACAGUCACCAUAUAGGACAUCUUUGCAGGACACCAUAUAGGACACAUUUGCAGGACAACAUAUAGGACACCUUUGCAGGACACCAUAUAGGACACCUUUGCAGGACACCAUAUAUGACACUUUAGAAUGACACAAUAUAGAACACCUUUCCAUGACACCAUAUAGGACACCUUUGCAUGACACCAUAUAGGACAUCUUUGCAGGACACCAUACGAUGGAGGAUACGAAUUAUAAAGGACAUAGCCAACGACAUAUAAGACAAUAUACAGAUGAUGUCCUUCGGGAAAACAUAUUCUAGUUGAACUCUCAAAGGACACAAUACGUAGUAAAACCAUAAAUGAAACUAGAUAGGACAUCGUCUAAUAAGAACACCACUUCUCAACAGAGAGACAUAUACAACAGUAUUCAAGAAUGCUAGUAAGUGGAGUACUUAACAAGACAUUCGGGAUUUAACUUCUUCUUUAAACCGAGAGUCGUGACGUAAGGAGUGUGUUUGUACAUGUUUCCUUGACAAUAAACGACUGCGAUGAAUCUUGAGCAAAGGAAGCUAUAGCGACAGAUCGACGGCAGUCUGAUCCAUGGAGCACGAAAGGAACAUUCUGGUGAAUGGUGGAGGAUGUGAGAUAACCGUAAAUUAUCUAUCACCGUCACUUCAUUAACUAUGUUGAUUGGAUAAACGAGUUGUUUGUUUUUGUAAGAGGUUUAUUCAAAUAUAUGAUCAAAUUUCCUUGCAAAACGUAUUUCCUUGCGAACGUUAUAAAUGACUUACGUGUGAAAAUUAACAAAAUUGCAAUAUGUUUGUUAUUUUUGCCUGAGAAUAACAUCAUACUUCAAACACUUUAUCGAUUGCAGUUCACAUCGUUCAUCACAUCGGGGAUUCGUUUUCUUCCGAUAACUUCCACAAAGAUGGACUAUAUAGAUAAUGGCACCAUGGACAACUACACCACAUCUCCGUUUGCUAAUCCGCCCAUAAACAAGGCUCUGUACAUUGGAUUUUUAUUCGCUGUCCUUAUCAUUGGCAUGAUCGCUAACACCAGUUUGAUAUGGCUGGUAGCGACUGUCCGGGACCUGCGAACACCCCCGAGUGUGCUCCUAACGAAUCAAUCGAUAGGGGACCUUUGUUUCUUAGCAUUCUCAAUGAUCCCUCAGCUGGUGGUUGCCGUUGUCCCGGGGUAUAAACAGAAGCCAUGGUUGUGCCAUCUUAAUCAUUUCACAUACUUUACUUCAUUUGCCGUAUCGGCCCUCAGCCUCAUGGCCAUCAGCAUCGAACGGUACUGUGCCAUCGUCAUUCCGCUGAAGUUCAGGAUGGUCCGUAGCUUACGAACGACAUCCGCAGUGUGCGGCUUCAUCUGGCUUCUUGCGAGUACCUUCGGCGCCUACGCAGUCUCGGCAACGGAGUCUGCGUCCGAGAGAUGCACCUAUCCAUACGAGCAGCUCUCCUUUCGGAUUUACUUCAUGUUUCAGUUGAUUUUCCUGUACGUCGUACCCGUCCUCUGCAUGACGGUGUUCUACGGAAUCUGCGCGAGACACCUCUUGCGGAAGGAGAUUCGCACAUCCGGUACCGACAACGCAAGAGUCCGGGUAGCCAUCAAUCUCAUGGUCAUCACCUUGGUUUUCUCCCUUUGCUGGUUGCCUCAUUACAUCUACUAUUCAUGGUUCCUAUUUUUCUUCGAUUUCUACGUAUUUGGCACAAGGUCUAUGUACCUCUUUCGCGCCAGCAGAUCAGGGUUGUACUAUUUCGCCUCCUGCAUCAACCCCAUCAUCCUCUACGCCAUGAGCUCGUCAUUCCGGCGUCACUUUGUCCGCAAGAUGACGUGCUUUGUGGCGCACCGUGAAGGCCAAGAGAGCAGUCAAAGCGGGCGUACCUAUACAGCUCUCACCCAACAACACGUCAGCAACACCCUGAACAGCCACAGGAAUAUGGUCCUUGGCCAUAAGGAAACCCGUGAAUCCUGUGAGGUGCAAAUGGAUAAAAUGGACAAGUAUUGCCAAAAAGAAGAAGAGCAGGUUCUUCGUUGUCCUAGGUGCAUCCUUGAAGAUGGUGUCUGAUUGUGCCAUGACAUCAGUAUUGGGUGUACUGCAGUUAAUCGAUUUAGAAGGAAGGAUUGAUUAUCUAAGAUAUGCGUGACGAGGCAUGUAUACCACGCCCCUCUCACCAUGGACCUAUACUCUGAGUAAUAUGUCCAUGCUCUUACCAACUGCUGCCAUGCAUGAUCAUGAUAUAAUUUAAUAUCUGAUCUACAGUGUGGGAUGUUAUAUAGAAGGAAACAUUUGGAUUAAUAGAAUAUGUAUGUUCUAUCAUCACGUACGUAGCAUUAUGGCGUGUACUAUUCUAAGCUCCUUAAGAGCUAGUGUCGAGGUUUUAAUAUAAAUCAUGAAGCUAAAUAACUUGUGACUCAGAAAGGCACAUAAUUCAAUUGAUUUUGGAGGAAGGUGAAAAAUCAACAAAGUACUUUCUUGGCCUUGAAAAAAGAAACGGAAAAAAAGUUGAUUGCCUAUAGAAUACAAGGUAAAACCAUCAAUGAUAAGGUGAAAAUAUUACAGAGAUUACGUGAAUAUUAUGAUGAUGUAUUUAAAUACCUUAAUUGUAAUAGUGAUUUGGAGUUCGAAAAAUAUUCAUUUCAUACAAAUAUGCAAAUCUUAAAUGAAAAUGAAGCAUCGAGUUGUGAAGGUCAUAUAACCGAAAAGAAAUGUGCUGAGGCUCUGUCAAGAAUGCAGAAUAAUAAAUCACCAGAUAACGACGGCCUAACAGUCGAGUUUUAUAAAUGUUUUUUGGAGCAAGAUAAUAGAUAUGUUAAGUAACAGUUUAAAUGAAGGACAUAGAAAGCAGCAAUUGUCUCCAAGUCAAAACAUGGCCAUGUUGGCGUUAUUGUUUAAAAAAUGAAAUAAAAACAUUAUUCAUAACUGGAGACCAAUAUCAAUCCUAAAUGUCGAUUACAAAAUUCUUGCACAAGUUCUUGCCAAACGACUACAAAAUGUAAUAACGGGCAUUGUAUCUCCCGAUCAGCCGAAAAUAUACGUCUGGUGCAAGAUAUAAUUAAUCAUUAUGAGGGCAUAAAAGCCCCGGGCAUAAUUAUGUUUUUGGACUUUGAAAACGCAUGUGACAAUAUAAGUCAUGAAUGUCUAUUUUACUUUUUAAAAAGAUUAAAUUUUGGAAAUUCAUUCAUUCAGUGGAUUCAAUCGAUGUAAAAGGCCGUGUGUUAAAUCAUGGCUGGAUCUCUGAAAUUGUUCAAUUAAAAGAGGUGUAAGACAGGGGUGCCCCUCGCAUCACUACUUUUUAUUAUUGCUGCAGAAGUUUUGGUGACGAAAAAUUAAACAGAAUCAUAAAAUUGGAGGUCUCAAUUUACCGAUCUCUUAGAUGAAUGAUGAUCAAGUAAAAGUAGAAAUAUCCCAAUUUGCGGAUGAUACAACUAUAUUUAUGAAAAAUAAAAAUUUUCUUUCUAUUUUGAUGGAAGAAUUAAUACUAUUUGGUUCAAAUGCUGGGCCAAGGAUUAAUUUGCACCCGGACAAAUAGAAUGUACUGAAGAAGCGAUAAAAUAUUUAGGUAUAUAUGUUGGAAAAAUGAGAAAGAUGUUGAAUAUAGUAAUUGGCAAAAUAAACUAGAUAAGGUACAAAAUAUUAUUAGAGUAUGGAAACUAAGAAAUCUAACAUUUUUUGGAAAAAAAUAUCAAAUCUCUAAAUAAAAUGUUAUAUAAUUUUAUUUAGAAUUCUUCAAAUAAGAGUUAAAAGAAAUGUCUGUAUAAAUAAAACAAACGAAGGUGGUCUUGGUGUGGUCCACUUAGAAUAAGAAAUGGAAUCGCUUAAGAUUUCGUGGAUAGGCAAGUUGUUAGAACAAAGCGAACGUUGUUAGAAAUUUCUUUUUAAUUAUUGGUUAUCAAGAUUGGUGAAAUUACUUUAUGUUUUGAAUAAAAAAUAUCAACAAAAGAUAUAAAUUUUCUUUGUACAAAAGCAAAUAUACCUAGUUUUUACUAUGAUAUUUUUUGUAGCGGGUCUAAGUUAAGAUAUUUUGGUAAUGAAAACAUUUUGAAUAACAGCAAUAUAACUUUAAAUUAACAUAUGUUGGUAUUUGAGAAAUGGAAGCAUGCAGGUAUAAUUAAGGUAAAAAGAUGUUAUAAGAACUCGUCAUUGGUUCGCUCCAAAUAUUUUGAAUAAAUCUGUCUAUUCUU